AUGCGAUUCCACACAACUGCCGCUCUUAUCGGCUUGGCUGCGGUAGAGCUCACCUCUGCCGUCAAGGUGAACCCGCUUCCUGCGCCACAGGAAGUGACCUGGGGCAAUUCUGGCCCCAAAUCUGUCAGUGGCUGGCUUGACUUGCGCACAAACUCCAAUGGCAAGUCUGAGGCCAACAACCAAAUCGUCAGAGACGCCUGGAACCGCGCUUCCAAAGCAAUCACCUCUCUGAAAUGGGUGCCGCAGGCCAUUGAGCAGCCAAUCCCAAAGUUCGAUCCUUUCCCUACUGCCGGUAGCGAUAGCAACACGAAGCGAAACAAUGGCGGCAGCGGCUGGGUCAAUAGCAUCAAUGUCCAGGUUUCCGACUGGUCUGCCGAUUUGCAGCACGGCGUUGACGAGAGCUACACGCUCACAGUCUCAGCUUCGUCCUCAACUGUCCAGGUCUCUGCCAAGACCAUCUGGGGUGCUCUCCAUGCCUUCACCACCUUCCAGCAGCUCGUCAUCUUUGAGGGCUCCGGUCUCAUCGUUGAGCAGCCCGUCACCAUCAAGGACCACCCCAACUACCCCUACCGUGGUGUCAUGGUCGACACUGGCCGAAACUUCAUUUCUGUCAACAAGAUCAAGGAGCAGAUUGACGGCCUUGCCUUGUCCAAAAUGAACAUUCUUCACUGGCACAUCACCGACACUCAAUCAUGGCCAAUCCAGCUGCAAAGCUAUCCUCAGGUCACCAAGGACGCCUACUCGUCUCGGGAGAGCUACUCAGCUGGAGACGUUCGCGACAUCAUCUCCUACGCCCGUGCUCGUGGAGUCCGCGUCAUCCCCGAGAUCGACAUGCCCGGCCACUCUGCCUCCGGCUGGAAGCAAAUCGACAAGGACAUUAUUACCUGCGAGAACAGCUGGUGGUCCAACGACAACUGGCCACUGCACACCGCUGUGCAGCCCAACCCCGGACAGCUGGAUGUCAUGAACCCCAAGACCUACGAUGUCGUCACCAAGGUUUAUGCAGAGCUCUCCAAGAAGUUUUCCGACGACUUCUUCCACGUUGGAGGUGACGAGCUCCAGGUCGGCUGCUUCAACUUCAGCAAAGGCAUCCGAGACUGGUUUGCCGCUGACCCCAAGCGCACCUACUUUGACCUCAACCAGUACUGGAUUGACCACGCCUACCCCUUGUUCAUGUCCCAAAAGAACAGCGGCAACAAGAACCGCCGACUGAUUAUGUGGGAAGACGUUGUCCUGUCCCCCGAUGCUAGCGCCAGCAACGUCUCCAAGAGCGUCAUUAUGCAGUCCUGGAACAAUGGUGUUUCAAAUAUCGACAAGCUUACCAAGGCUGGCUACGAUGUCAUUGUGUCCAGUGCUGACUUCCUGUAUCUGGACUGCGGCAAUGGCGGCUACGUGACCAACGACCCUCGAUACAAUGCUCCUCAGCUGAACCCCGACCCUAGUGGUGCUACCUUCUCCUUCAACUAUGGUGGCCCAGGUGGUUCCUGGUGCGCCCCUUACAAGACCUGGCAGCGCAUUUACGACUACGACUUCACCGCCAACCUCACUUCCGCACAGGCUAAGCACAUCAUCGGAGCCGCCGCUCCCCUGUGGUCCGAGCAGGUCGACGAUACCAUCAUCAGUGCCAAGAUGUGGCCACGAGCUGCUGCCCUCGCCGAGUUGGUUUGGUCUGGCAACAAGGACCCCAAGACUGGCGCCAAGCGAACAACCUACCUGACGCAGCGAAUUCUCAACUUUAGAGAGUACCUUGUUGCCAACGGCAUUGGAGCUGCUCCUCUUGUCCCGAAAUACUGCGCACAGCACCCACAUGCCUGCGAUUUGUAUUAUGACCAGACCGCCGUAAAAUAA